AUGGGGCUUAGGCAUCAAGUAUUGUGUAUUACGUUGCUUACUGCUGUGAGCUUUAUAAAGAGAAAGGUACAAAAAGAGAGCAACUCAAGUACUUAGCAGAGACUAAACUAGAAGCAAAGACAGGUGGCAGGACAUUCAUUCUCUGCAAUCAAUUGGAGAGCAGUAAUGUCGGCUGUUUGUUCUAUGUUUGUGGUGCUGCUGCUUUUGGUUUCAGCUGCAACUGUAGAGGGGAAACUCAAGAAUUACAAAUUCGACAUACAAUUGAAGAAUGUUAGCAGACUGUGUCAUGCAAAGUCCAUUGUCACAGUGAAUGGGCAGUUCCCUGGGCCAACUAUAUAUGCUAGAGAGGGUGACACAGUGCUCAUCAACGUCACCAAUCAUUUGAAGUACAAUAUGUCUAUACACUGGCAUGGAAUAAGGCAGCUGAGGACAGGUUGGGCUGAUGGGCCUGCUUAUAUCACUCAAUGCCCAGUUCAAACUGGGCAGUCCUAUACUUACAACUUUACUAUCACUGGACAAAGAGGAACACUCUUCUGGCAUGCUCAUAUUCUCUGGUUGAGAGCAACAGUCUAUGGACCCAUUGUUAUUUUACCCAAAGUAAAUGUGUCUUAUCCAUUCCCCAAACCCCAUAAGGAAAUCACAGUGAUGCUAGGAGAAUGGUGGAACGCAGAUGUGGAGGCUGUUAUAAAUGAGGCAAUGAAAUCAGGAGGAGCUCCCAAUGUGUCUGAUACUCACACCAUUAAUGGAAAACCAGGCCCACUAGGCACCUUCACAUGUCCUACCAAAGAUACAUUUGUAAUUCCAGUGCAGCAGGGGAAGACCUACUUACUGAGAAUAAUCAAUGCUGCCUUGAAUGACGAACUCUUCUUCGAUGUUGCCCGUCACAAACUCAAAGUGGUGGAGGUAGACGCAGUUUACACCAAGUCAUUUGACACCAAAUCAGUGGUGAUUGCUCCGGGACAAACCACAAACGUUUUACUCCAAGCAAACCAAAAACCCGGAAGGUAUUUCAUGGCAGCUCGCACCUACAUGGAUGCCCCUGUUCCCGUAGAUAACAGAACCGCCACUGCAAUCCUGCAAUAUAUGAUUGCACCCAAUUCAUCUUUCUCCUCCAACACCAUUGCAAUGCCCCAAAUUCCCUCCCCAAAGGAUACCUCAUCCGCCACCAAUUUCAACAACGCUCUCAGAAGCCUAAAUUCUGCCCAAUACCCUGCAAAAGUCCCACAGACAGUAGACCGCACUCUGUUUUUCACAGUGGGUCUGGCAAUAGAUUCCUGCACGACCUGCAUAAAUGGCAGCCGUAUUUCUGCAGCAAUCAACAAUGUGAGCUUUGUAAUGCCCACAAUUGCCCUCCUGCAAGCACAUUUUCAAAACAUCACAGGGGUUUUCACCACAGAUUUUCCAGACAAACCUCCCACGCCCUUCAAUUACACAGGCAUCCCACCAAAGAAUCUGAUUGCAUCCAAAGGAACAAGACUCACUCGUUUAUCAUACAAUUCAAAAGUUCAGUUGGUGCUUCAGGACACCAGCGUUCUGACAGCAGAUAACCAUCCAAUCCAUCUCCAUGGCUUCAAUUUCUUCAUUGUUGGAUCAGGUUUCGGCAACUAUGACCCCAUUAAAGACCCAAAAAACUUCAAUUUAGUUGAUCCUCCAGAGCGUAAUACAGUGGCAGUGCCAACAGGUGGGUGGAGUGCCAUCCGAUUCACAGCUGACAAUCCAGGGGUGUGGUUCAUGCAUUGUCAUCUGGAAGUGCACACAACUUGGGGAUUGAAGAUGGCUUUCGUGGUGGAAAAUGGGAAUGGACCCAAUCAAUCCAUAUUGCCUCCACCAAAUGAUCUUCCCAAAUGCUAGUCAUGCCAGGAGUUUGAGGGAUUAUAUUUGAGUAUAUGAAGUUUCAAAUAAGAAACAUGAAUUAAAAGGUCUAAACGACUGUGCAAUAAGUUUUGUAUCGGCCUAAAUGCCCCCAGUAAUCGGAAAAUUGCUUUGGAAGCAAAGCAAAGUAAUUAUUAUUAUGAAUGAUAAUGAUAAUGGAUUUCUUA